AGGGGGAGGAUAUGACAUAUAUUACUGUAGACACUGUGAAUAUUCAUUCUUGUACCCGAGAAAGGUUUCUUGAACUUUCUGAGCCUCACCUGAUAUGGAAUGUGCCAAUUCCCUGUGGGUCUAAGGCUUUGGCUCUUGACAUGGCUGGCUCAAGUCCAACAAUUCACAUCUACUCAGGACCUCAACCACUUGCUACAGACUAGCUGUACCUUUCUUUGAGGUGUACACAUUCAGAUACUCAGGAUUGAAUGUGUCACCUAGACUAUGAACUGCAUGAAGGCUGGGUAAUGUGUUAUCUUUUAAGGUACGAACAUCACCCAAUGAAAUGACUAAACAUUUGAAUACACCACUAUAUGCAUUCUGUGUAUGUAAUGAAUAUGUUAUUCUGCCAUUUUUCCGAUCUUUAACAUCAAACUCAGAUUAAAAAUUUUGUCAUUCCCAACUGCAUCUGUUUAUCUGUGCAUACCUUACAUAGUUUCUCAGAUCUGUCACCUUUUCUAUUAUGUCAUCCUGUUAAAUGAUCAUCGGUGUCUAUUUGAACUUUGCUCAGUCUCCCUUUCAGAGCCUGUGAUAGUUCCAUUUCUGUUGCUAUGAUAAAGUGCCCUGACAAAGACUUCUUCAGGGAGAAAAGGUUUCUUUUGGAGAAAUACAGUCCCACAUGGCAUGAACGACAUGGCAGCAGGCAGAAAAGGCCCUCAGGCAGAAACAGGAAGCUGCCUACUUACAUUUCAUCUGCACUCAGGAAGCUGAGAAUGAAUGAGAAAUGUCAUGAGGAAAAUACUGAGAAAGAUUUAAGUCAAGCUACCUGUAGCCACUCCACGUAUGGACUGAUGAGGGACCAGUCUGCUUGGGGAAAUCCUUCAGAUGGUGAACUCAUCAGAACCCAACCUCAGCCCCUGCCUCAGCUGCAGACAUCAACACAGGAGCCCAGCAAGGAGGAAGCAGACAAGAUAAAGAAUGGGGGCCUCACGAGUCUGAGCAAUGGGAAUGGAAUUCAUCUCGGAGCCAAACAUGCACCCACAGAUAACCACAGAACUUCAGCUCCUGUUUCUCAGAAAAUGCAUAGAAAAAUUCAGUCCAGCUUGUCUGUAAACAAUGAUAUCAACAAGAAGAGUAAAGUAAACGCUGUCUUUUCCCAAAAGUCUGCUUCCUCACCGGAAGACUGUUGUGUCCACUGUAUCCUGGCCUGCUUGUUCUGUGAAUUCCUGACCCUCUGCAAUAUUGUCCUUGGACAAGCUUCAUGUGGCAUCUGCACCUCCGAAGCCUGCUGCUGUUGCUGUGGCGACGAGAUGGGUGAUGACUGCAACUGCCCUUGUGACAUGGACUGUGGCAUCAUGGAUGCCUGUUGUGAAUCCUCGGACUGUUUAGAAAUCUGUAUGGAAUGCUGUGGCAUCUGCUUUCCUUCAUAAACACUUAUCUUUUGUUUGUAUUAAAACUGGAGACAAUUUUACAAUAUUUCUUGUAGGAGAAAGAAAAGCACAUGGUAAGAUUCUCGUGAAGCAACUCAGUGUUUGCACUGUUAACUCAUUUUUAAGUAAUCUCCGAAAUUCUUUUUCUGUCACUAGACCUAUGUGGUUUAAUAUGUGAAGUUUUGACUAACUGGCUUUUGAAGCUUCUUCAUAGAUGAUAAUAAUUUGAAGACAUUUUGACACACACAGCCAACAAUGUUGUAAUCUUCUUUCUGUUGACAUAUCUGUUUCUCCUAAUCAUUUUCAGCAGCUCUUUGCCCUAAACCCGACAUUGCUCUGUAGGUAUUUCAACCGGAUCGCUUAUCUUUGAUGUUUAUCUGUUAGAGGUUAAAAGUGAAUAUUCCUCAUUCUAAGUAAGCACACUCAUUGGGCAGAGCUGCAAACAGAUGUGGAGCUUUCCAUGUUGGUCUCUCUGUGCGCUUCCCACCUCCAGUGUUCUAUCCAGAGGGUGCUGAGGGAGGUCCUUGUGCUCUCUCAGAGCAGCAGGCAGUGUAGUGGAGGACAGCUGGGUGGGAGCUGUAAAGAGUGAACCAGAAGGUGUGCUGGCGUCAGAAGUGGAAAGGAAAGAGGCCAGAAGAAUAAACAGAAGUGAAGAACAGGUCUUUUCAGGAAGGCUUGAAGGAGGGUGCGGCACUGUGGAUGCCUUAGGAUGAGCUACUUAAAUAUGGGAAAAAGUUUAAGGUCGGAGGCCUGAACCGUCUUAUGUUCCGAACAAGUAAAAAGAAUGUGCCUUCACUGCACAUUUCAGCAACACGGCUUUCUUAAAACUGUAAAAUCAGAACUAAUGCAAAUAUGCACUUUUCUGCACAUAAUUUAAGUGUUAUAAAUUUUAAUGAAAACAUAAUACCUUGUUAACAUAACUAUAUUUUACCAAAAAUGUAGAACACUUUUUAACAACUUUCAUUUAAAUUAGUUUUUUUAAGAUUAAAAAAAUCCCAGUAUUCUGAUUUGAGGUUUUUCCAAAGCUCACAUGUAUUUGAAAGAUUUGGUUCUUUAUGUGGGAGUGUUUAGGGGUGGUCUAUUUAUUUUGGUUGGCUUAUAGCCAUAGUCUUUGUAUUUCACAAGCAUGUGCAUCUUAGAUCGGCUACGGGGGAGCUCAGAUGUCCAACACCACCCCCAGGUAUCAGUAUUCCAAUUGUGUAUUAAAUUAUGCCAAUGUGUCAGGUUAUAAAGACACUAAAAGUAUAUAGAAGUAUGUGUGUGAUGAGACUAACUACAUAGUAAUGGAUUCAGCUCAUAUGAAAGCUGAGUGUUCAGUUUCACACACAUUCUCCCAUGAAUUUUUUUCCCUUCAAAUUUAAAAUUUGUUUACAUUGACUAAUUCUUUGUAGGCUCUUGAAAAUAUAUUUGGACUAGGGGUUCUUUCCAGUUCCAUUUGAAAACAAUUCAUUUUAGGAAGCCUUUAGCCAACCUAGACCUCUAGACCUUUAGGAGACCUGAAGUUUUGUUUUGUUUUGUUUUUUCACAUGAGGAAUAAGAAUGCUCACUUUUCCUUUGAAAGUAAGCCUAGCUUAUAAUUAAAUUAUUAUUUUAAAUAGUCUUUGAAAAAGAAAUGCAAGUGAAUCCCCUUCUAGUGCAAUUUAUGCACGCAUUCACUUUAAAAUGUUGGUUUAAAUGCAAUGCUAAUAUACAGCUGCCUUCUUCAUUUGGUGUGUCAAAUACAAUGGGAAUCGUAGUAUUUCUAUACCCAACGUUCGCUUAUGCUUAUGUCAUAGGAUGAAGAAAAGCAUCUGUUUGUAGAUAAGCCUCCUAAUGAUUGUUGGAAUAUUUGACUUGUUAUCCUGUAAAACUGUUUAACUGAUGGGUUUGUCUGAUGCUCAAAUAUGCCACACUAUGAUUUGCAAGGUAAAUGUUAGUGAUUUAAAAUGUUUUUCUGUAAUACUGAGCAUUGGUGAAUACUAGAAUUUAAUUUCCAUAAUACAUGUAGGACUUUUCUUCAGUUCUCUACUCCUGGCAAGCCAUUCCUUAAGGCAUCUUGUAUAAUUCAAAAGAAAAAUAGGCAAAUGUGAAAACAGUUUCAAUAUAUUUUAGGAUUUUAGUAUGUAGUGUUUUGCUGAAUCCUAUGGCCGUCAAGACUAAUUGCUAUAGUUUACAGUUAGAUAUUCUGUCACUUAUUAAAUGUGGCAUAUUUUCAAACUGGAGCUGUAUUACCCUGGAUAUUGUAAAAUUUAAAAAAUUAAUUCUUUAUUGUGCUGUAAUAUCCUUUUAUACAUAAUUAAUAUGUUAGUUGCCUUAUAUUUAAAUAAUUUCAAUGAUAAUGUAAAACCUGAAAAAUCUCUUUACCCUUUUAUAUCUCUUCCCGAAAAAUUUCCUAGUCUGUCUUUCCCAGCUUCUUAUGUAGACCACAAGGCUCAUGCUCAGUAAUAAACUGAGAAAUAUA